AUGAGCUUUCAUUCCAUUGAAAAAGCUUGGUGGAAAGAAGCGGUAGUCUACCAAAUCUACCCCGCAAGCUUCCUCGACAGCAACGGCGAUGGCCUCGGCGACAUCCCCGGCAUUGUGAGCAAAGUGCGCUACAUCAAGUCACUAGGCGUUGACACAAUAUGGCUUUCACCCAUCUUCGCCUCACCCCAAAAGGAUAUGGGCUACGACGUCGCCGACUACCGUUCAAUCCACGCCCCCUACGGCACAGUCCAAGAUGUCCAAGACCUCAUCGACCAACUACAUGCACAGAAAAUGCGAAUACUCAUGGAUCUCGUCGUCAAUCACUCGAGUGACCAACAUGCCUGGUUCAAAGAGUCUCGCAGCUCCAAGACCAAUCCCAAGCGAGACUGGUACAUCUGGCGCGAUCCCAAAUACGAUGAGCAAGGGAACAGAAAAGAGCCUAAUAACUGGAAAUCCAUCUUUGGAGGGAGUGCCUGGGCUUUCGACGAAAAUACUAGCCAGUAUUAUCUCGCUCUCUUCUUACCCAGUCAACCAGAUCUGAACUGGGAGAGUGCUGAAAUGCGCAAAGCAACACACGACGACAUGCGCUUCUGGCUCGAUCGCGGCGUCGAUGGAUUCCGCAUUGACAGCAUGAACUUGAUGUCUAAACAUCCCGAUCUACCCGAUGGAAAGGUAAUCAACGACGAGCCGUACCAGUCUGGCGCGGAAUUCUUCGCAUCUGGUCCAAAGAUGCACGAUUAUAUCCGCGAGAUCAGGACUGAAGUCCUGGACAAAUAUGACGUUAUGACUGUCGGCGAGCUGGGAUUCACGAAGGACGAAUACUCAGUUAGUCAAUAUGUUGCCAAGGACAGACGUGAGCUCAACAUGCUUUUCACGGGCGAUAUUGUCGAUAUGGACUUUGGAGCGAGCGGGAAGUAUGAGCGCAAUGAUUUUCAUCCGAGGAAGAUUCGAAAAAUCACGGAUCUUUGGCAGACCGCUAUGCCUAGAUUUGAUGGGUGGAAUACUGUCUAUCUUGACAACCAUGAUAGCGGGCGCUCGCUAUCUCGCUAUGCAUCUGAUUCCCCGGAGCACCGCGCGAUGGCGGCCAAGAUGCUUGCUACAUAUCUUAUGACUCUGAGCGGAACACCUUUUAUGCUUGCGGGUCAGGAGAUCGGGAUGGCGAACCUGGGUAAGGAGUAUGGUGCCGAGUCCUACAUCGAUGUUGAAGGCAAGAAUUACUAUAAAGGAGUUCUGAAAGCUCGAGGCGGCGAUGUUAGCAAGAUGAGUGAUGUACUCCGGGAGUUGCAGCUCAAGGCGCGAGACCAUGGACGACUUCCUAUGCAGUGGAAUGAUUCGCCUAAUGCGGGCUUUACGACGAGCGAGAAGGCGUGGAUGACUAUCAACAAAGAUUACACCGAGUGGAAUGUUGCCAGUCAGCUUGAUGAUCCAACUAGUAUCAUGGCAUACUGGAAGGCAAUGAUUGCGCUACGCAAGGAAUACCCCGAUCUCUUCGUUUACGGAUCGUAUGUUCCAUUGCCCGAGUCCGAGACAGGCGAGAUGAUUCUCGGGUAUGAACGAUACUCGCAAGAGAUGAGACAGAAAAGUGUUGUGCUUUUGAACUUCUCCGAUCAAGUGCAGAAGGUGGGCGUGGAGAAGUACAAGGGAUUCUCGACAUUGAUUUCCAACCAGGGCGGGGAUACUUACAAGGGAAGUCAUGUUGAGCUGAGAGCAUUCGGUGCUGUGGUACUUCUUAGGACAUAG